AUGGCUGAGUUGCCAAUCCAAUUCGGCAUACUAGGCUGUGCUGACAUAGCACGAAAAGUCUCCCGGGCAAUAAUCCUCUCCCCAAAUUCGACUCUUUGCGCCGUUGGCAGCCGAUCUUUGGAAAAAGCUGCCAAAUUCGCUAAGGAAAAUGGUUUCCCGAAAUCGGCUAAGGUAUAUGGAUCGUACGAAGCAGUUUUGGAUGAUCCAGAUGUGGAUGCUGUCUAUGUGCCGCUGCCCACCAGCCUGCACGUUAAGUGGGCAGUCCUGGCUGCCCAGAAGAAGAAGCACUUGCUUUUGGAGAAGCCCGUGGCGCUGAACGUGAAGGAACUGGAUGUGAUUCUUGAGGCAGUCGAAUCCAGCGAGGUGCAGUUUAUGGAUUCUACCAUGUGGAUGCAUAAUCCCAGGACUGCUGCAAUGAAAGAGUUCCUCUCCAAUUCGGAGCUUUUCGGUGAACUCAAAUCAGUAAAUAGCUGCUUUACAUUUGCAGCUAAACAAGAUUUUCUGGAGAAUGACAUUCGUGUGAAGCCGGAUCUUGAUGCUCUCGGUGCUCUUGGUGACGCUGGGUGGUAUUGCAUCCGGUCAAUUUUGUGGGCUUCCAAUUUCGAGCUUCCGAAAACAGUACUUGCAUUGCGUGAUCCUGUUUUCAACAAGGCAGGAGUUAUUCUAGCAUGCAGUGCUUCUUUGUAUUGGGAAGAUGGGAAAAUAGCAACCUUCCACUGCUCUUUCUUGGCCAACUUGACAAUGGAUCUAACCAUUGUUGGAACAAAUGGCACUUUGCAUCUGCAUGACUUCGUUAUUCCAUUUGAAGAGAAAAAGGCGUCAUUUUCUGUUGCUACGAAAUCAGGUUUUACCGAGCUUGUGACUGGGUGGGAGCCUAAGCCGAGUGAGCACCAAGUGACGACAGACCUCCCUCAAGAAGCCCUAAUGGUGAAGGAGUUUUCUAGACUGGUUGGAAGCAUUAAAUUUGAUGGUUCUAAACCUGAGAUUAAGUGGCCAACCCUGAGCAGGAAGACACAGCAGGUUUUGGAUGCUGUCAAGCUGUCAAUUGAGAAAGGAUUUGAAACUGUUGAGGUCUAG